AUGGGUCUUUUAACAAUAUUGAAGAAGCUUAAACGAAAAGAAAAGGAAAUGAGAAUUUUAAUGUUAGGUUUAGACAAUGCUGGAAAAACAACAAUAGUGAAAAGAUUAAUUGGUGAUCCUAUUGAUACCAUAUCUCCAACUUUAGGUUUUAACAUAAAAACGUUAGAUCAUAAUGGGUAUAAACUUAAUGUAUGGGACGUUGGAGGACAAAAAUCAUUGCGUACAUAUUGGCGAAAUUACUUUGAAAGCACAGAUGGAUUAAUAUGGGUAGUGGAUAGUGCGGAUCGGAGACGUUUAGAAGAUUGUAAAGAAGAAAUGCAUAAAUUGUUACAGGAAGAACGAUUGGAAGGAGCUACUUUAUUAAUUUUCGCGAAUAAGCAAGAUUUGCCGGGAGCAGUUCCAACCAAAGAUAUUGCAACUAUUUUAGAUUUAGAAAGUAUUAAAACACAUCAUUGGAAAAUUUAUAAAGCUUCAGCCAUUACUGCUGAGAAUCUGUUAGAAGGUAUUAAUUGGAUAACAAAUGAUAUUUCGAAACGAAUUUUUUACAAAAAUUGAUCAAUCUAUUCUUUAGUAAUAAGACUGAACAGUGAAUAUUUAAUUUUUCUUUAAAUUUUA